AUUCUUUCCCUAUUUCUUUUCUUUCUUUCUCUUCCCCCUUUUCUCUGAUUCUUUUUCUUUCUUUUACAUGUCCAAAAUAGUCAACGAACAAGCACCAAAGCGUGUGAAAGUCACUCUUGCUUGCGUUAUCUGUCGUAAAAAGAAAGUCAAGUGUGAUGGAAUUCAACCCUCUUGUUCCAGAUGUCAAUCCAUCGGUAAUUGUUGUCAAUAUUCAGACCCUCCCAAAAAGCGAGGCCCACCCAAAGGCUAUGUUGAAGUCAUUGAAAGUAGAGCGCAUCGAAUCGAGUCUCUUUUAGGAAAUCAACAAAAUAAGCAACAACAACAAAUCUUGAUCAUCAAAAAAGAUCAACCGAUAAAUGCUUUGCUUUGUUUGAUUUCUGGCGCAGUAGAUAAUGCCCUAGUACACGGCAGCAAUGGCAUAGUGUACGAUUUUUUAAUGACAGAAGAUGUGCUUUUCAAUGCAAGAGAAAAGCUCAUUUUUCAUCACCAAGACAUAUGGACCGAGAACUUUUUUAAUCAUUUCAAUUUCAUGUUCCCCAUCUUGUCAAGACCUCAAUUUGCCUUUCAGCUUGAAAGAGAUGAAUUAAACCCACUCUUAAAAUUCGCCGUGUUUUUAUUAGGUUGUAGAUUAGAAAAUAAAGAUAUACAACAGGAAAAAGUGCUGUAUCAGCACUUUCUUGGUUUAUCGAAUGACUUUAUUACCAUACCUGAUAUUACAACUGUACAGGCCGUUGUCAUCAUGUGCUGGUAUACUUAUAUUGCAGGUGAUAUGGUGAAGUGCUACUCGCUCCGUCACCAACUGGCACAAUUGGUUACUGAAAUGAACCUUGGUUACGAAUCUGAUAAUUCUAAAGAUACUCAUUACAUUGAAAUGAAGCGACGUGCAUUUUGGGUCUCGUUUGUGAUUGACCAGUGGCUGGCAAGUUGUACAGGUGGUGAAAGGCUACUGACUCAAUCUUGGGAUUGUAAAUGGCCUCAAUUGGAAGACAAUCAACUUUUUGCUCUACAUCAUCAACAACAAGAACAAAAGUUAUUGGUUAAUACCUGUUAUUUCUCAAUCGAGUCUGCUUUACAGAUCAAUUCCUUUAACGAAAUGAUUCGCCUGUCAAACAUUGUUGCCGACAUGUGCAAUGGAGACAAUGUCAAUAAGCUUGAAUCUAAAUUAACUGAAUGGUUAUUGCAAUUGCCCUCUUAUUUGGAUUAUGGGAAGCCGACAGCAGGGGAACCAUCGGCACUUGCUAAAUUAUAUCGUAUCUUUUAUCACACUGUCCAAAUCAUGUUAAAUAAUAAUAGCAGCCAUAAUAGUGGUCUAUGUACCAGUAUAUGUACCACUGCAGCAAAUACCAUCAUUCAUAUAUCUGAACGAAUGGUCGACCUGGGGCAACAGAAAUAUUUGUACAAUGUAUUUUUCUCAUCACUCACGUUAGCUACUUCAAUUCAUCUUGAUAAAGUAGAUAAAAUAAGUCUGUACAAAAGCAUUUCAAUUAUCAAACAAAUCAAUUGCUGUUUAUUACCUGCCAUAGACUUUGAUGCUUUAAUGGAUCAAUUUCUAGUGGAGGACACACCCAUUUAUCCAUCACCAACGAGCUCGUCUUCAUCCUUACCUAAAGUAAAUAAUAAGAGAGCAUACAAUUACGAAGAAGACGAUCAAGUGCAGUUUGAUUUAGUAGACAUAUUUCCAAAUAUCAUGGACCCCGUCGUAGAUAAUUCACAAUGGCCUUCCUGGUUGGACUUUUUCGAUAAUCAGACAGUAGAAUCAUCCACAACAACAUGCUCGCCCAUAUCAUACAUCACACCAUCUCAUUCACCCAUACUUUCCUUAUGUCUGAAGGAUGAAGACAUCAUCCCAUACGAUUUAUUAUCGGAUCAACAGUACUUUUCUCUAUUAUGAUUCAACUCUAUUUUACGAUUAUGAAAAAACUACGCCCAUCUAACAUGCACACUUCUUUUCUUUUUUUUUUCUUUUUUAUUAUUACUAUCUACUUUGCAAAAAAAGAUACAUUUAUAUUUUUAAUUAUUCUCGCCGGAAACGGCCUAUACAUAUUCUCUUUCAAUCUUCACUGUACCCCAUAUGCCUCUAUGAAUUAAUAAAAUAUACAAAUAAUGGUGUGUAUUAAUAAUAAUACUGAAAAAAAAAAAGUAAGGCAGUUAUUCC